CCAACGUAUCCACUUUAACAUUUCGACAUCAAGAUCCAAAUUUGAAGCUCAAGAAAGCUCCAACUUCUCCACAAUCGCUCUUGUUUCUAUUUUUCAACCAGCUGAAAGAAAAGCAAUUGGGAAUCCAAACUCCUCACAAAUGUGCCAGAAAUAAAGAGGAUCAAUCCCCCCCCCCCCCAAUUAAAAACCCCGAAGAGGGUAGGCAACUUAAACAUGAGCCGUUCCCUCCUGCGCUCCGUCCUGGAGUUGCGCAAACCAAUUACCCGGCUCCCGCCCACCUACCUCCUUCCCAUCCGAGCUCGUGGCCUAGCGACGACGAAGACGACGACGACGACAAAAGGUGCGGAACCCAUCACACCACCCACCGCAACAUCCGCCCAGAAGAUCACCGGCGCCUCCCCGACGAUAGCGACUUCGCAAUCCUCACCACUACCCCAAAAACAACAACAACCACCUCCACCCCCACCAUCACAACUCCAAACUCAAACUCAAACCUCGACCUCGACCACCUCGCCUGAAAAAGUAAUUUCCUCCUCCGUCGCCCAGCUCUUCCCCCUUUUGCGCGCGCAGCCAAACCACUACAUCACCGUGCACAUCCACGGGAAACCCUACCUCGUGGUGGAGGGGGACUCGAUCCGGCUGCCGUUCCUGAUGCCGGACGUGGUGCCGGGGGACGUGCUGCGGCUGGACCGCGCGUCCACGCUCGGCUCGCGCGACUUCACCUUGAUCGGCCGCCCCUUCAUCGACGACAGCCUGUUCGAGUGCCGCGCCACCGUCAUCGGCGUCGAGUCUGAGCCUCUGCGUGUGGUCAUCAAGACGAAGCGGCGCCAGAGGCUCACGCGACGCAUCGCGAGUAAGCACAGGCAGACGGUGCUGAGGAUCAGCGAGUUGAAGUUGUUGGGGCCGCCUUAGUUUGGUUUUUCUUAUCUAUCUAUCGCCAUCCGAGUUGUGCAACGGGGAAGAAGAGGGGUUUCGGGUCAUGAUAUAUGAGAGGAUGGGGAUCAGGCAGGGAAAGGGAGAGGAAAGGGAAGACUUAGGUCGGAAUGGAGGGAAUAACGACUCACGUCUACAUGUACAAACUUGAAAAUACGAGCUUCGCUACGACACGACCCAUAACGGUAUACAUAUCUACUGUAGGUACUAGCAUAUCUAGUUGUAUAUCAACGUGGCAAGGCAAAUGCUAGAAAAAAGAGGGGCGGGGGGGAACAAUGAAAAGAAACCCCUUGAAUACUCGAAAAACGCAAUUGUACUACUAUACCUGCCUAUAGUCAUUUAAAAUAAAAAAAAAGACUCAUCGUUCCCAUUG